UGCAUGCGUCAGCAAUGCCUGGGCAGAGGAACGCGCCCAUAAUCUGCGCAGAAACGUUUUUGGUUCUUCAGGAACUAACAGCUGAAACAUUGCAGGAAACAGGCCUACUGGCCGCAGGUGUUCCCCCUCCCAGGCCCCUGAGCCUGUGCAGGGAUGAGAUAUCGAUUGUUCAACUACUCCGUACAGUAGGUGGUGGCAAUACAAUUUAUAGUUGUGGACCACAACUUGUGGUCUGCCUGGCUGCCAUAAAACCUCAGAGAAGAAGAAGGGUGAGCUAGCAAAACAUGAAAACAUUUAACACAUUUCCGAAGUUAUUACCACGUGUUUGAGUAAGAUUCGAGAAACAAGUUGAAUCAAUGUAUGAAUAAUGGAGUUGUUAAGUUUACUUGAUUUAAAAACUCUUUAAAAUUACUGUCAGUCGUGUCGUGUAUCUGGCCAGAGCGGCUAGCUAGACAUUUAACGCUAGCUCGCUAGCUAAUCUUAGCUAAGUAGCUGAGUAGCUAACGCGGUGGGUAGCUAGCUAGCUACCUUGCUUACAAAACAAAACAAGGACUGAAUCCUGAGCAUCUUGUUGUAGCUUGCUUAUUAGAACUGUUGGGAAACAUCCCAUCUAGCUAAUCACUACCAUGAGUCUGACGAUUGAGGCCAGUGUCUCUUUCCUCAAAUAUGAACUUGCAUCGACCAUCGAACAGGCAGUGAGGUGUGCAGUUGAAACCGUUUUAAAGGAAACUGCCAGAGUAGUCGCCAUCAAACUGGCCGCAGCUCGGACUGCUGCUGCUGAGUCUCAUCGUGAGAACCAAAGUUUGAGAGAGAGACUUGAGGUAUCGGAGGGUGAACUCAGCGCUGUACGGUACUACAUGACAGCAGCCGAGAAGAACAUCAAACAGUGUUUACUUCUAAAUCACAGCCAUCCUAGAUCAGGUGUAUUAGGUCCUGGUUCAGAAGAGUCUCUUUUCCUCCCUCCCCCCACUGCUUCGGGGAGUCCUUCCAACAUGCUGAACAGGGGCACGUCCCGUGUGCCCAAGUCGUUUCGAGCCUCAUCCACACGAUCCCAGUUUUCGACGUCACUACCUAGUGUAGGUCUUUGCUUACCAACAGUGCAGCAUGAGUGGCCCAGGAGCAGCUCAAGCUUGAGAGGAAUACGGACAUCCUCCUCCACUGUCUCUUGCGCCAAUCCUUCACAAACAUCCAAAGCGCCACAACUAGAGGUUGAAAGCUCACCUAAACACACUGAGGAGGAUACAGAGGGUCAAUUCUACAUCACGGACGAUGGAGUUGCAGAGAAAGAGUACAAAGUCAGUGCAAGUGGAUCAGAGGACUCUGGAAGAAUUCCACACGAGCAGGAGGGGGAAACAUUGGCAGCAGAGGUCCCUCACAGGACCUCUGAUAUUACCAACUUUGAGUUUGAGAUGGGUCAGAGUCACCCAGCAGGCAAUGUGAAUGACCUGGGCCUGAUUCAGGUGCUGGAUGAGGUGCAAGAAGUCAAAGGAACAGUUAAAAUUGAAAACGACCCUGAGUUAUCUAGUAUGCUGGAGUCCCACCUCCCUGAAUCAUCACAACAACUGCCACAGAUGCCAACUCACAUCGACAACAAUGAUGGUGACAAUGAUGGUAACUGCAUGGGCUUUGUCCCACCCACUGUAGGGGACCCUGGUCUUAUUGGGGCUUUUGAAGUCAGAAGGGAGAGCUCAGAUAAGGUGCAUCGCUGCAACGUGUGUGGCCGGGGCUUCCGUCGCUUCUACUGCCUGAAGACACACCAGCGCAUUCACACGGGUGAGCGGCCGUAUCCCUGCAGGUAUUGCGAGAAGCGUUUCCGUCACCUGGACAGUCUGCAUAAGCACCAGCGCAUCCACACUGGGGAGACGCCCUACCGCUGUGCCCAGUGUGGCUGCUGUUUCAGGGAGCUGGGCCAGCUCAAGAAGCACAGGCUGACCCACUCACCUUCCCCCACCACACCCCACCCGUCACUGUCUUUACUUCAAGCAGGGCCCUCCUACACAUGGCCACACCUCCACUCGCAGUCCUUGGAUUCCUGAUCAGGAUGAAUUUGUACACAUUCAUACACACGUGUUUGAUAAAUGUGAUAUGACAGUAGUAAUGGAGAAAUUAUUUGUGUUAACGUCAUCCUAAUCAGAAGUUAAUAUUAUUCAAUUGACAAUGUACACAGAAGCUGUUUGUGUAUAUAAUCAUAUAUUUCUUCUAUUAUAUCUAUCUUCUCUUUUCUGCUUGUUCACAAUUUUCUUCAUUGGCAUAAAAGGGUGUUCAUUAUGUUGUCAGAUAUGAGGAGGUCUGCAGAUUCCACCUGGAAAGGUUUAUACAACCAUUUGGCAUCAAGGGUUGAGUUCCAUUUACUGCAAAAAUAUAUAUUGUUUGUGUAAAAUGGAAAUACAGACUACUUGAACUGAGUUGGUAGCACAAUGCAGAAAUCAUUGAUGUAUUUUUGUUGGUAUCACAUCAUGUGUCUUCUUUUCAUAUGGAACUGUGUGAAUUAGCCUGUUCAUUUUGAACAGCAAUGCAUUUACUUUGUACAUUUUUGAUUUACAUGAUAAUUUACCAAUAAAAAGUGACAUUUUCACAGUA